AUGCACUUCCAUCGGCCCCGCGCCCCCUCCCACCGCGAAGGAACGUUCACCUGGUGGUUCAGCGACACAGCGGCACAGGGGGGGGGGGGGGGGGGGGGGGGGGGGUGUGGUGUGUUGUGGGGGGGGGGGGGGGGGGGGGGAGGCGGGGGUAGCAGCACUCACCCCCUGAAGGGAGAAUCAGUCGGCGAGGCUUAUGUGAGGAGUGCGGCGUGGAGACUGCAGCUAAAGCGAUUAAAAGCCCUGUACCUGCAGGCCCUGAUGCCUAUCGCUGCCUCUUUAUUUGUGGUGUUAGGUUGA